AUGUCAACUUCAAUGGAUUUGCAGCCAUACACAAAAUUAUCUCAACCAUAUAUUAAAACUUCAUUAACUGAAGUAACAAAUUUAUUACCUACAAAACCACCAUGUCGUAUAUUUUUUAAAAAUGAAUUAGAACAACCAUCAGGGAGUUUUAAAUUAAGAGGAAUUGGUCAUUUAGUCCAUAAAUCAAUUGAAAAUGCCAUUAAAUCCCAUCUGAAUAAAAUUAUUCAUGUAUUUGCUUCAAGUGGUGGUAAUGCUGGUUUAGCAGCAGCUUAUCUGGCUCAAUUUUAUAAAGUUAAAUGUACUGUUGUAUUACCAAUAAUUUCAAAACCAAUAGUACAAGAAAAAUUGAAAUCUUAUGGUGCGAAAAUUAUUUUAUUUGGAAAUACUAUUAAUGAAGCUGAUCAACAUUUAAAAAAUUUAAUGAAUUUGAUUGAUUUAAAUUCAAUUUAUCCAGUUUAUUGUCAUCCUUUUAAUAAUCCAUUGAUAUGGAAUGGUCAUUCUUCAUUAGUUGAUGAAGUGAUUCAACAAUUGGGUUUUAAAGAUAAAAAUUUUUUAAAAGGAAUGGUUUGUUCUUUUGGAGGUGGUGGAUUAUAUAAUGGUAUAUAUCAAGGUAUGGUUAAUAAUCAAAUUAAUGGAGAUAUUUUACUUAUUGAAACACUUCAGGCACCAACAUUAACUCAAUCAUUAGAAGCUGAUCAAGUCAUUACUUUGAAAUCUGUCAAUUCACUUGCAACUUCAUUGGCUUGUUCUUAUACUACUGAACAAUCAUUGAAAUACUAUAAAGAUCAAAAUUUGGUUAAAUCUCAAGUGGAACUUAUUGAUGAUAUAGAUUCAUUAAGAGCUUGUGUUGCUUUUGAAAAAUGUUUUGGUAAAGUUGUUGAACCAGCUUGUGGAGCAGCAAUGGCAGUUGUAUAUAACAAAAUUGAUUUGUUGUACAAAAAUUUUAAACAUUUGCAACCAGAUGAUAUUGUUGUUAUUGUUGUAUGUGGUGGUUCAUGUACCACAGGUUCUGAUCUUAAAGGGUUUGAGAAAAUGAUACAGAAAUCAGAAAUUAAAUUAUAG